AUGAACAACAAUGGACUAAUUCUUCUGUCCGUAUUGUUUUCUGCACUGCUCGUCUCGUCCUUGCGAAAACCACAGUUUGUUGCCCUGGCAAUCCCAGUGGUGACUUAUAAAGAGUUGAUUUCUUCAGGGUGCUCUAUCGACAUCCUCAAGAAGAGGAGCCAGAAAGCCCGCGCUAACGGAAACCUCAAUCCUCGUCAACUCGCUUUAGAAGCCGCACCUGGUGAGCAGUUCUGCAUUGGUAUCUGCGGACACUCUACCGACGUAAAUGUCAUCUCAGGGAGCGAGUGCCACCUAUCUUCCAUCGAGCGACUUGCUCUAGCGAGCGCCGGGCGAGCUGAGAAAGCGAAGGCCGAGGCCGAGGCUGAAGCAGCACGACGCAAUGUCCAUCAAGGUCGUCGCGGACCGACACCCACCGGGAAUGCAGCGCCUCAGCGACCGGGAUAUUACCCCUACGUAGUAAGCACGGGCAACAACAUCAACCUGUAUGGCAACUCCUCUAUGGAAGACCCUUCCAUCCAGUCCGGCAAUGGAAAUACGGGCGGAACCAAGAUUGUCCACAAUUAUUACACCCCUAGAACGACUAAGGCUGCUGCCUGA